CACUCCCGCCCCGUCUGCGUCGCGCGCAUGCCCAGUCUUCCGGCUGCCCGCCCGGGGUGAGGGAGUGCGCAUGCGCAGCAUAGAAGCGAGGGGGCGGAGCCGUUGCUGUCGACGACGCUUGCUUCCUUGCUGGCUGCUACUCUCAGUUCUGCCGUUCGUUGCCGGUUCUUGCCGUUACCGGUCGGGAAGCCCCGUCAGGGAUUGAGGAGGCGACGAAAGGUCGACAUUUUGUUGAGAUUGUUAAGAAGCGGAAGGCGUGAGAGAGAGAGAGGAAAGGCCGAAAGAAGCGGGCGCCAUGAUGGAGGCCUAGCAGGCCCAGCAGGCCCCUCAGGGAUUGGGACGACGACUACAAGGCCUCUGAGGAGAGAAGUGAGCGAGCGAGAAAGGGAGGGAGGCCUAGGCCGCCGCCCCCGCGCCCCGCUGGGCCCGGGCAGCGGCGGCGGGCCCCGCGGCCUGGUCUCCGUUUCCUCCUUCCUCUUCCCUCGUCUUUGCCGCCGCCAUCAUGUCCUGCGUCCACUACAAGUUCUCCUCUAAGCUCAACUACGACACGGUCACCUUCGACGGGCUCCACAUCUCGCUCUGCGAUCUCAAGAGGCAGAUCAUGGGCCGCGAGAAGCUCAAGGCCGCCGACUGCGACCUCCAGAUCACUAACGCCCAGACCAAGGAAG